UAUGGUCCGGCCCUUUAAGACGCAGCAGCGGGUCAGCAAGUAGUGUAGUGUUUCUCUAAUUGAACUUCGCCCAAUCAACAAUAACUCGUUAGCAGUCGCUUUCUUUUUCUCUCUGCCUGUGAAAGCUUUCUUGCCUUGCAGGGUUUCACCCCCUCCAGCCGGUUACUUCCAAAAGAUCUACAUGGAACUUGGCAGAGGAACUGGGACUCUGAAGGGAAUAUAGUCCGGCUGCCUUUACAACUACGCCCGAAGCAUGGUUAUUUUGGAGGAAGGCUCUUACACGAGCUAAGUUGCAGCAUUCGUUUCAAAAUAUUGUGGAGGUCUACGAGAGCACCAGAGUUAAACUUGUGGACGCUUAAAUCUGCCAUUUGAAUGAAAUAAUCAACUUUCCUGAAAGCAGCACUUCUUCGGGACUGCGAUGACCUCCAGUAAAGACAUGAAAGCAGGUUCUGUGUUGCAGUCCGGCGGCGAGGAGAGGAGGCGGGCUCCCUUGGACCAGCUGCCGCCGCCGGCCAACUCCAACAAACCGUUAACGCCUUUCAGUAUUGAGGAUAUCCUUAACAAACCCUCCGUGAAGAAGUCGGUCGCAAGUAUCUGUCCGCCCAGAGUGCUUGAGAAAGUGACGGGCUCCAACUCAGCGAGGAACGGGAUCACCACUCCGUCCUCGCCGCUGUGCGCGCUGGAGGAGCUGGCCAGCAAAACGUUUAAGGGUCUGGAAGUCAGCGUUAUCCAGGCAGCGGAAGGUCGUGAGCAUGUAAAUGCUUUUGGACAGAGGCAGACGUCUAAGAAGAGGAGAAAGUCGCGGACAGCCUUCACGAACCACCAGAUUUAUGAAUUGGAGAAGAGGUUUUUGUACCAGAAGUACCUUUCUCCGGCCGACCGUGACCAAAUCGCGCAGCAGUUGGGACUCUCCAACGCGCAGGUCAUCACCUGGUUUCAGAAUCGCAGAGCUAAACUCAAGAGGGAUCUGGAGGAGAUGAAAGCAGAUGUCGAGUCGCUCAAGAAAAUCACCCCACAGACCCUGCAGAAGCUUGUCACCAUGGACAACAUUGAGGACCCCCAGAGUGGGGGCCCCGGGGCCAGAUCGCCCAGUUGCUCCCCGACUUCUCAAGGACAACGGGCCUUCCCACAGUCCCCCUCCUCGUCAAGAGACCAAACCACGGAUGAAUUCUCGGAAGAUGACGAGGAAAUCGAGGUGGACGAUUGACAGUCAGGGGGGUCUGUGAUUCAUAAGCAGCAACAACAACAAAAUAUCAAAAGGGGACAUUUUUCUUGCCAAACUUUUGCACGGAUGAUAGACAAGAGGAGAAUACACACAUAUAUAAACAUUUCGGGAAAGUUUUUCCUCCCCCAUUUUUCUUUUCGUCUUCAUGUUAAUUUAUUAUUGGAACUUGUAAAGCCUUCCGGGUCUGUCAUUUAAGUUUCACCACAAAAAAAUCUGAGGAAUCCCUGCUAUUCUUUCAGACAGACCAAAUUGUUAUGGUACAGGAAGACUGAUAAUUGUAUAGACUAAACAUUUUAAGUAUACAUUUUAUUAUUUCGUGAUUCAAGGGGGUGGAAAAGUUGUGCAAUUAUUUUUUGCCAUUUAUUCGCCUUUUUUAAUAAAAUUAAUCGGACGUGACAAAUAUUUAAAUCACACCCCCUAUGAUUUUUUAAGCAAAUAAACCCCAACUUGUAGGUUCAUCCUACCUUAAGAGUAGACUUAUUUUUUUGUCCUGAGAGAAAGGUGUGUCUGCAAGCUUGGAGGCCUAUUCGCAGCGCAAAGAAGGCGUCCAUCGCUAUCGACUGCAAACUUUUACACGCUCUGAAUUCUGUAUAUAGAUCAAACAUCCUAUGCGAUAAUUUUAUUGUAACAUUCUAUUUAAUCAGCAUCUAUGUAAAUAAAGGUUAUAUGGUAUUUCAAGAAGCUUUCGGCGCUGUUGGAUGUGUGAUUGUGCACAUGAGCCCAAAUUUAAAAAAUAAACCAGAGAGUUAACUGAAAUAAACGGGGUUUGAUUUUACAUUUUAGAGGGAGGAAAAUGGGCCAUAAUCCCUGUUUUCUAUAAAGAAAUCUUCUAUCAUAAAGACGCACUAAAUAGAAUUCAAACGACCUCUGGAUUUGCUUUUGAGAGUUUAAGAAGACACAUAAAACAUUCACCCUAAAAUUUGCUUCGCUUGGUAAAAACGGGACUUUCUGAAUAAUUGACCUCUGCUUUCAAGCCUGAAGUGCCAUGACUUCAAUUAGCAGCCGUCCACCGCCUUUAUUCCCAUUCUUUCCACCGGCUUUGAAUACAUCUUGUCGCAAGAAGGUCCCGGUCUGGCUGCGGUGUUAAGAAAAGCUUGCCUCCACCCCUGCGCCAUAUGUUUUCUUCCUCCUUCUAUGAAUCGUCUUUAACACAACUAGUGGACAUGAUUGAUUAGGUUAACCCGCCUUUGCCUUGCAUAAAACAGCUUCCACCGAGCCGUGGGCAAUAAUGGCACGCAUCUGCCACUCUUGACUCGGGUUUGUUUGGAAAAAAGGAGAAGAAGGCACCAAUGAAUGGCAAAUGGGUUAGUGUGAGGAUCCUAAUGAAUAAACCUCAAUGGGAGGCAGUGGAAAUGCGACGUGCUGCUGCUGCUGCCAGCCGACCAUUUGCAACAGUUUUGUAGCCACACCAAAAGUUUGGUGAAUGUGCGUUAGUGAGGGAGGGGAGAUGGCUGCUGUUGUAGUUUAUAUAAUGACAGAACGUAAUUUAUCUUAAACUGAGUUUCCCUUAAGCUUAUGUUCAACAUAAAAACCGUCCUGCAGGAUUUUUAAAAUUGCUUCCCUUUAAAAUAUUUUCGAGUUAUUUUUUUUUUCAAUUUAGAAACCUAAUCAGAUAAGCGUAUUCAAAUGUAUGAUUUUCAACCGAAAUUAAUUUCAAAUGCUCUUAAUAUUUCAGAAGAAAAAUCGGAUAAUUCGCAUUCAGUUUGUCGACCAUGAAAUAAGGAAAAUAAAAAUGAAUUUAACAACAUUUCA